CUUUUAUUUUAAAAUGAAAUGUUAUCCUUAGUCGCUGAUUUGGAAGAGGAUAUAUUCGUUGCUGUGCAGAAGAAACCGUAUACUUUUUACUGGUAGAUAACGUUUCUCGUUGCUGCAGAUAUAUUUACGAGGGUAUGGUAAAUGAGCUUUAAAGUAUACUGAAGAAUGGAAUAAAGCUCGACUCAGAAUCUAUAUUCUUCAUAAGAUGGUAAUAUAGUGUUUGCUCAUUUUAAUUUUCAGCUAGUCAACUACUAGCCAUAUUUCUUAUAUAUUAUAAUUGGAAGUUGAUCACUUACUACCACUUCUCCUUUUUAGACUUUUGCGAAUUACCUUAUUUUGCUAUCGAAGGACUUCCGAGAUUACGCAUUUCACUCCUCCGCCAUGUAAUGUGUUAAUUUUUUUCGUUCUCUCGAUGGUGAAUAAGGUAAGAAGUGAGGAGCAGUUGCUGGAAAAAGGAAAACUGAAACAUGUUUCAAGCUAAGUUGUUGUUAUAAGGUUAAUAGGGGGAAUUGCAGGAGUCAAAUGAUUGCUCAGGAGGAUUAUGAUUUCAUAACAUCAUAUGAAGCAUCAAAAACCAAGCAAGAUCGUGAUAUUCUCCUGGAAAGCAACAAAAUGCAGUGUGCGCGAACAAUGAUCAGUUUUAUUACAACUGUUGCUAAAGAUCAAAAUGUUCGUUAUGUAUUAACAUUACUGGAUGAUAUGAUUAUGGAAGAUAAAUCACGUGUAGAAAUAUUUCAUAGCUAUGCCCGAAAAAACAAACGCACUCUUUGGUCAUGGUUUUUGGGUAUCUUACAACGUCGAGAUCCAUUUACCAUAAAUCAGAUGUCAUCCGUUUUGGCAAAAUUUGCUUGUUCUGGAAUGACACUCAUGGAAGGUUCUGAUUUGAACUUUUAUAUUUCAUUUCUCAAGGAUCAGCUGAAGUCUGCAGGAAACGAAUACAUUAAUACAACGGCACGUUGCUUGCAAAUGAUGCUUCGGAUUGAUGAAUAUCGUCAUGCAUUUUUAGCGAUGGAUGGCAUUAAGAGUAUCUUAUCAGUGUUAAGUGGUAAAACCAAUUUCCAACUCCAAUAUCAACUUAUAUUCUCCUUAUGGUGUCUUACAUUCAAUCCAGCCAUAGCCAAAAGAUUUCCGCAUAGUGGAAUUAUUCAGAUUCUUGGUGAUAUCCUUUCUGAAUCAACCAAGGAAAAGGUAAUUCGCAUAAUCAUGGGAACGUUUCGGAACAUUCUCGAGAAAAUCGAUGAUCAUGAUCUUGUGCGAGAAGCAGCUUUGCAGAUGGUGCAAUGUAAGACUUUGAAAACACUUGAACUAAUGGACUCCAAAAAAUUUGAUGAUGCCGAACUGAACGAUGAUGCUGAAUUUCUCAGUGAAAAAUUGCAUUCCUCGAUCCAAGAUUUUUCUUCGUUUGACGAAUAUGUAUCGGAGGUGAGAUCAGGUCGGCUACAAUGGAGUCCGGUCCAUAAAUCAGAGAAGUUCUGGAGAGAAAAUGCACAGAAAUUCAAUGAAAAAGAUUUCGAACUUUUAAGGAUAUUAAUCAAUAUUUUGGAACUACAGUCAGACACCUUAACUCUCUGCGUAGCAGUUCAUGAUAUUGGAGAAUACGUGAGACAUUAUCCGAGGGGUAAAAACAAAAUUGAGCAACUACAAGGUAAGCAAGCAGUGAUGAAAUUGCUUUCGGCGGAUGAUCCAAACGUACGAUAUCAUUCUUUGCUUGCAAUCCAAAAAUUAAUGGUGCAUAACUGGGAAUAUCUUGGCAAACAGCUGGAUGCUGAUAAUGCAACUGCUACAGAAUGAACUUUGCGAAUGUGCAUAUGUAUAUGUGAGUUGUGUUGUUUAUAGGGAAAUUUAUGGCACACUAUCUAGAUUUUUAAUUGUUUCUUUUGAGAUAGAUUUUUUGUACGCUAAAUACAUCUGCCUAAUUGAUGUGUGGGUUAGCUAUAUAAUGUCGAUACAUUAGAUGCUUUUGAAUCUUUUAUUUUAUCGUGAUAUUUUUGUAUUUCACACACAACUUAUGUGCUGAGGUUGAUGAAGUGCUCGAAUAGAUACCCGAGCGCUAUGAUUAUAAGGUGAAGUAAUGUGAACCAUAGAUUAAUCGGAAUAACAAAAGUUUGUUGCAAGUACAUUUCCCCAGGAAAGGAAAAUUUUUGAAACUUUCCUUGUAUUAGCAGUUUCUGGAUGGGAAGUAAAAAUAUAGUGAUAAUCUGAUAAUUGUUUACUCGCGCAAACGAUUCAUCCUUCAAUCAUUUUAGCCAUUCAGAUAGCUCAACUGUUCCUUGAAUUAAUGACAUUUAUUAAAAUUUUUCUUUGGAAUCAGGUGAUUUACUGCUCUUAAAUUAACUCAUUUCACACUUUGUAGCAAUUAACACCAGCAAAAAAACGCAGAAUGCAAGAUUCGCAACA